AUGGCUUCGGAAUCGCCCCGGAAGUCUACGCGCGCCGCCGCGACACGAAGCAGAGCGCCAGUCAUCGACGACUCAGACGAGGAGGAAAACAGGACACCUACCCCAGAGGUCAAGCAAGAGGAGGAGGAAGAAUUCACACCGGCGCCCGCCCCACUGAAGCAGGGUAGGGGGCGAGGACGUCCACGGAAGGCUGCAGGAGCAGACGAGAAUGUCACACCAAAGCCCACAAGCAGGCGGCGGCCGCGCGUGACAGAAUCCAUCGAGCCCUCGCAGCUGUUUACACCCGGGCCGGAGAGCGCGCGACCGGCUUCGCCUUCUAAGACAGUCCCAAAGAAGCGCGGACGGAAACCCCGGGUGUCACUUGCGCCCGAAGCACCCGAAGAAAGCUCACAGCUGCUCACCCCUGAGCCAUCCGUAACGCCUGAACCCGGGCAUGUGACAGAGAUCGAGCAAGCGACAGAAAUCGAUCAGGCGAGCGAAGACACCGAUGCCCCAGGAACACCAAUCGCCGAUGUAACUGAGAGCACAGUGAAUGCGCAGACUCCGGUACCAGAGCCUACUCCCGAGCCAGUUGCCGAAGUCACGCAGAUUGAGAUCAAGGAGGAAAAGCCGAUACCAGAAGCACAGACAGAGCCAGAGGCAUCACAGGAACCACAACUCAAAAUGGUCGAGAACUUGAGCUCGCAGCCCGCCAUGCUCGAGCGGCCAAUGGACAUUGUGGCAAGGCGGCGUGCGGCUGCUAUGCCUGCACUACAAGAGCCGGCAGCCCCGAAGCAGCGGACUGUCAUCACCUGGCUUGUCAUGACAAACUUCAAGAGCUAUGCGGGUCGACAAGAAGUUGGGCCAUUCCACGCGUCCUUCUCCUCCGUAGUAGGACCCAACGGCUCCGGCAAAUCGAAUGUCAUCGACUCGCUGCUAUUUGUCUUCGGCUUCCGCGCCAGCAAAAUGAGACAGGGCAAGCUCUCUGCACUGAUUCACAACUCGGCUGGAUUCCAGGACCUUGAUUUCUGCGAAGUUGAGGUACACUUUCAGGAAGUUAAGGACCUCCCGAGUGGUGGAUCAGAGGUUGUUCCCGACACGAAUCUUGUCAUAUCGCGACGGGCCUUCAAGAACAACUCGAGCAAAUACUACAUCAACAACAAAGAAUCCACCUUCACUAUUGUCACAAAUCUGCUCAAAAACCGAGGAGUGGAUCUCGACCACAAGCGCUUCCUAAUCCUACAGGGGGAGGUUGAGUCGAUUGCACAGAUGAAGCCCAAGGCCCAGGGUGAGCACGAUGAUGGCCUCCUCGAAUACCUUGAAGACAUCAUCGGCACAUCGAAAUACAAGACGCCGAUCGAAGAGUCCGUAGUCGAGCUGGAAACGCUGAACGAGGUGUGCCAAGAGAAGAACAACCGAGUGCAACACGUCGAGAAGGAGAAGAGUGGAUUGGAAGACAAGAAGAACAAGGCGCUGGCAUACAUUCGCGACGAGAACGAACUUGCGAUGAAGCAAUCGACCCUGUACCAGAUCUACGUCUCCGAGUUUGAUGAUCACAUCCAGGUCACCCACGAAUCGGUCGGCCAGAUGCAGGCUCAACUCGACGAAGAGCUCCAAAAGCAUCAAGGCAGCGAAGAGGAGAUCAAGCAGCUCGAGCGGCAGUACAAGAAGGGCUCUAAGGAGUGCGAGCAGCUAGAGAAGCAGAAUCAAGAGUUCCAGAAGGAAGUGGCCAGGAUUGACAAGGAGACUGUCAAAUUUGAGGAAAAGAAGAAGUUUCUUGCUGGCAAACAAAAGAAGCUGGAGAAGACAAUCGAGACAAGCAGCUUCGGCAAGUCCGCAGCCGAGACUCAGGCGAAGCAGUACGCUGCUGACAUUGAGCGUUACAACGAGGAGAUUGUUGAGCUCGAGCAAAGCAUGAAGGUGGAAGAGAAGGAGCUUGAAGCUGUGCGCUCCGCCCUAGCGGGCAAGACGCAAGGCCUCUCAGAUGAGAUUGCAGCGAAGCAGAAGUCUUUGGAGCCUUGGAGUGCCAAAAUCAACGAGAAGCAAUCCGCAAUUGCAGUCGCGCAGAGUGAGCUGGAUAUCCUUCGUGAGCGCGAGAAUGCUGGCAGCAAGGGCAUUGCUGAUGUAGAGGCCAAGAUUGAGGCACUGCAAGAGACAAAGGAGGCAAAAGCCGCGGAGUUAGAUGAGUGCAGGGCCGAGAAGAAACGGGUCGAGAAGGAGGCUCAGAAAGUACAAGCCAACAUCGAAGAUCUCACACAAAAAGAGCCUGCACUGCGGUCAAAGCUCUCUGGUGCCCGAGCCAAAGCUGAUGAAGCUCGCGCUAGCCUCUCGUCAGCCCAGACUCAAGGCAACGUUCUUGCUGGUCUUAUGCGCCUGAAGGAAUCUGGUCGUAUCGAUGGAUUCCAUGGCCGACUCGGCAAUCUGGGCGCAAUCGACCAGAAAUACGAUAUCGCAAUCUCCACUGCUUGCCCGCAACUCGACAACAUGGUCGUAGACACUGUAGAGUCUGGACAACAGUGCAUCGAGUACCUUCGGAAGAAUAACCUCGGCCGUGCCAACUUCAUAUUGCUUGAUCGUCUGGCAAAGCGCGACAUGUCGCCCGUCCAGACACCAGAGAACGUACCCCGUCUGUUCGAUCUUGUCAAGCCAAAAGACGAAAGGUUCCGCCCCGCCUUCUUCCAAGUGCUCACCAAUACUCUGGUCGCCCAGGACCUUACUCAAGCGGAUCGCAUUGCGUACGGCGCGAAACGUUGGCGAGUUGUCACGCUUGACGGCAAGCUCAUUGAUACUGCUGGUACCAUGAGCGGUGGUGGCAAGAGUGUCGUCAAGGGUAAGAUGUCCUCCAAGCUAGCCUCGGACGUUUCGAAGGAUCAGGUCAGCAAGCUUGAGCAAGAUCGCGACACACUUGAGCAAACCUUUGCAGAAUUCCAGCAAGAGUUGAGGCAACUCGAGACCACGCUACGCGACUUGAGCCAGCAGAUACCUGAGCUCGACACAAAAGCGCAGAAACUUGCGCUUGAAAUAGACAGCUACGAUCGCAACAUCGCCGACUCGCAGCGCCGCAUCAAAGAGUUGAGCAGCGAGAAGGCGUCGGUCAAGUCAGACAAGGGCCGUGUCUCAACCUUGGAGAAGACGAUUGCAACCAUGGAGAAGGAAGUUGCGAAGUUGCGCUCAGAGACCGCUGAUGUCGAAGCUGAGAUCAAGGCUUUGCAAGACAAGAUCAUGGAGAUUGGAGGUGUUAAGCUGCGAAGCCAGAAAGCAAAGGUUGACGGCCUCAAGCAACAGAUUGACACCCUUACCGAGCAGUCUUCUAACGCAGAAAUCUCCAAGUCCAAGGAGGAGAAGCAGCGCGCCAAGCAUGAGAAAGCCCACAACGACGCAAUCAAAGAGCUUGACAAGCUGGCGGUUGAAGCAGAGAAGGUUGAGGACGACAUGGCGUCUCAGCAGAGUGACGUUUCUGGCAUCAGGCAGCAGGCCGAAGAAGCCCAGGAUGUGCUCGAGACACGCAAAGAGGAGCUUCAAGCCGUCAAGAAGGAACUCGACGAAAAGACCGCAGAGAUCAACGAGUCUCGCGCUGUCGAAAUUGAAAUGCGAAACAAGCUCGAAGAGGCCACGAAGAGCCUGAACGAGUUCCAGAAGAAGCAAGCAUAUUUCCACGACAAGCUAAGCAAACUCACGUACCAGAACAUUUCAGAUCUUGGCGAAGAACAAGAAGGUGGCGAAGGCCUUCCCUCUUACAGCAAGGACGAGCUGCAAGACAUGUCCAAAGCCAACCUCAAGGAUGAGAUCGCGCAGCUCGAAAAGAAGAAUGAGUCUACGCAGGUCGACCUCGCUGUUCUCGCCGAAUACCGUAGGCGUGUCGAGGAGCAUGAGGCUCGAUCUGCCGAUCUCAACGAAGCCUUGGCCGCUCGUGAUGCCGCAAAGCGGAAAUGCAACGAGCUUCGAGAGCUAAGAUUGUACGGCUUCAUGGAAGGUUUCAGUAUCAUCACCGCUCGUCUCAAGGAGAUGUACCAAAUGAUCACCAUGGGUGGCAACGCCGAGCUGGAACUCGUCGAUACCUUUGAUCCUUUCAGCGAAGGCAUCCAAUUCUCCGUCAUGCCGCCCAAGAAGUCAUGGAAGAACAUCAGCAACUUGUCGGGUGGUGAGAAGACUCUUUCAUCCCUUGCUUUGGUGUUUGCUCUACAUCAUUACAAGCCGACUCCGCUUUAUGUCAUGGACGAGAUCGAUGCUGCUCUCGACUUCAGGAACGUAAGUAUCGUGGCCAGCUACAUCAAGGAGAGGACGAAGAACGCGCAGUUCAUCGUUAUUUCUUUGCGCAACAACAUGUUUGAGCUUGCAAGUAGAUUAGUGGGUGUAUACAAGGUCAACCACAUGGUAAGUCAUCUCAUCACAAAGUAUAGCAUGGUAUACGAAGAGUGUUACGAUCGAGAACAAGGAUUACGUUACUGGGCGGGCUUGAUGGACGACUACACGAAGGAUUGGGUUGAUAUGACCGAUGCAAGGCGUUUGGUCUGGGAGCUGAAGCUGAAGCUGAAGCUCCUCACACAGACAUACCAUCCUUCCGGCGUGAAGUCUCCGACUCAGUGCAUGCACGCCGGAGCCAAGCAGCGAUGGUUCUGCGGACCUGUCGACCUUAUUGGAAGAAUCGGUGCCCGAUGGCCGGAGCCGAAUUGGGGAUAG